GUGGUGGCCCGUCGUUCAGACUUGAAGCUAAUCGUGACAUCAGCUACUAUGGACUCCACAAAGUUCUCCACGUUCUUCGGCAACGUGCCUACUUUUACUAUCCCUGGCCGAACGUUCCCGGUUGAGACAUUCUUCGCUAAGAACGUCUGUGAAGAUUACGUCGAUGGCGCUGUGAAACAGGCUCUUCAAAUACAUCUGCAGCCGGAGGAAGGAGAUAUACUAAUCUUCAUGCCGGGUCAAGAAGACAUUGAGGUUACUUGUGAGGUACUGACGGAACGGCUAGCAGACUUGGACAGCGCGCCUCCCCUCACCGUGCUCCCAAUAUACUCCCAGCUGCCAGCUGACUUGCAGGCAAAGAUCUUCCAGCGCGCACCACCAGGCCAGAGGAAGUGCAUCGUUGCUACUAAUAUUGCUGAGACGUCACUGACGGUGGACGGCAUCAUGUAUGUGAUAGACAGCGGGUACUGCAAGCUCAAGGUCUACAAUCCAAGGAUUGGUAUGGAUGCUCUACAGAUCUACCCAGUAAGUCAAGCGAACGCCCGUCAGCGCGCGGGUCGCGCCGGUCGUACCGGUCCGGGCAAGGCAUUCUGUCUCUACACACAGAGACAGUACCAACAUGAACUGUUGUCCUCCACAGUGCCAGAGAUACAGAGAACCAAUCUCGCCAAUACUGUACUGUUGCUGAAAAGUUUGGGAGUGGAAGACCUCCUUGCUUUCCAUUUUAUGGAUCCACCACCACAGGACACAAUCCUGAAUUCAAUGUACCAGCUAUGGAUCCUGGGUGCACUAGACGGCACGGGAGCGCUCACCCCGCUCGGUCGACAGAUGGCAGAGUUCCCGCUGGACCCGCCGCAGUGUCACAUGCUCAUUGUCAGCGCUAAGAUGGGAUGCAGUGUAGAAGUACUUAUUAUUGUGUCCAUGCUGUCAGUACCGUCAGUAUUCUACCGGCCUCAAGGUCGCGAGGAGGAAGCUGACUCUGUGAAAGAGAAGUUCCAGGUGCCAGAGUCUGAUCACCUCACACUGCUGCAUCUGUACAACCAGUGGAAGGCUAACAAUUACUCGGGCCAGUGGUGCACAGAGCACUUCGUCCACGGUAAGGCGAUGCGCAAGGUGCGCGAGGUGAGACAACAACUGAAAGACAUCAUGCAACAACAGAGACUGCCACUCGUCUCCUGCGGGACUGACUGGGAUCUUGUACGCAAGUGUAUCUGCUCUGCUUACUUCCAACAAGCAGCUCGUCUGAAGGGUAUCGGGGAGUACGUGAACUGUCGUACUGGGAUGCCGUGUCACUUGCACCCGACUUCGGCUCUGUUCGGUCUGGGCAACUCGCCCGACUACGUGGUGUACUACGAGCUGAUGAUGACGACGAAGGAGUACAUGCACUGCGUCACUGCUGUAGACGGCAGGUGGCUCGCUGAACUGGGACCUAUGUUCUUUUCUGUUAAAGAAACUGGAAAAUCAAACCGCGACAAACGCAAAGAAGCCGCCGUACAUCUGCAGCGUAUGGAAGAAGAGAUGAAGCAAGCUGAACAGAAGAUGGCAGAAGAAAGGAAGAAGAAAGAAGAAGAUGUACCAGUAAAGCAGGAGAUAGCUACGCCAGGGCUCAACACUCCACGCAGAACUCCACAUAGAUUGGGACUAUAAGUUCGAGUGUCGAUAUUUUGUAUUUUUUAAAUCAAUAAAUAAAUGAACUUUUUAUGAAAAAUUGUGUUU